AUGCUUGGAAGUAGACCAUGUGAUAAACCUCUAGAACCGGGCCAGAAACUGAGCGAGGAUCAAGAGGGAGAUCCAGUGGACAAGGGGAGAUACCAGAGACUAGUGGGAAAGCUCAUAUACUUAUUCCACUCACGUCCAGACAUUGCCAUUGCCGUGAGUAUGGUGAGUCAGUUUAUGCAUGCUCUGAGAACUUCCCACUUAGAGGCAGUUAUGAGAAUCUUGAGAUACCUGAAAGCUUCUCCGGGAAAGGGUCUAUAUUUCUCGAAACAUGACCAUCUCAGUGUGGAGGCAUUUACUGAUGCAAAUUGGGUUGGAUCCAUCACUGACAGACGAUCAACUUCCGAAUAUUGCACAUUUAUUGGUGGCAACCUAGACACAUGGAGAAGUAAGAAACAUAAUGUGGCUGCUAGAUCUAGUGCUGAGGCAGAAUUUAGGGCUAUAGUUCAAGGUGUAUGUGGGUUACUAUGA